AUGGCAAUUAAUGAUGGGUACUCCUUGGUGGUGCUAGGCGCUGGUGUCAUGGGCACUGCAGUGACUGCUGCUGUGACAGAGUCAAAUAUGAAACCGUUCCCUAAGAGAGUGAUCUUGUGCUCGAAGCUGGCCAACUCGCACGAGAGGUUGAAGAAGCAGUUUCAGAAGGACUACGUGGAGGUGGUGACUGAUGUUGACAGAAAGAAGGCUGCCAUCAAAGAGGCUGACGUGGUUCUCUUGGGCUGUAAACCCUUCCACUUUGAGUCUGUGCAUGAAGAAGUGAGGGAUAGUCUUGCUCACAACCCAUUGGUGAUCUCUCUUUUAGCUGGCGUCACCAUUGACAACUUGAGCAUCUUUUCUGACAAAAUUGCCCGAGUCAUGACCAACACGCCUGCUCAAUUCGGCGCUGGGAUGGCCACCGUAGCUCUAUCUGAGCUGGCUAGCGAGUACAGACAGUUCGUUGUGGACUUUGCUAGCUGUGUGGGUGCUGCCCAAGAAAUUCCAGAGAAGAACAUGGACGCUGCCACAGCUCUCGUCGGCUCGGGUCCGGCAAUGUGCUUGCUCAUGAUGGAGGCCUUGUAUGAUGGAGGUGUAAGAAUGGGCCUCACCCACGAUGUUGCCAGAACCGCGGCUGCCAAGGUGAUGGAAGGAACUGCCAAAAUGGCUCUUGAAACCGGUGAGCACCCUGCUGUAUUGAAAAGUAAGGUCUGUACUCCUGGAGGCACCACCAUUGGUGGGUUGUUGAAGUUAGAAGAUGCUGGAGUGAGAGGUGCCAUUGCCAGAGCCGUGGAAGAGGCUGCUAUCAUCUCGGCCUCUUUUGCAAAAAAGUAG